AUGUCCCACGACCAGGCUACCGCGAGAUCGGCCGAAAUGCCCGCCAGCGUGGACGUAAGGGAGCUUUGCCAAGCUCUUAUGUCUGUCCUGGAGACAAAGCAAUCCUCCACGGACACACUGCCUCUGUUGAAACCGGGGGACAAUUUCGACGUUUGGUACUCCCAAGCGAACGUUCAUUUGGCCUCCAUUGCAGCCAAAGACCGUGCGCGGUACAUAUGCCGCCACCUCUCGACGGAGGUGCUAACAAAGGCCUCUGUUUUCGGGGUAAAGUUCGACACCGACGCGGAUUCGCUGUUGCGCGCUCUUCGGCGCGUUUUUACAACGCCCAAGCCCCCAGUGGACGCGUACAGGCAGUUCUCGUCCCGUCUUCAGCUCCUUGGGGAGAGUGCCAGAGAUUAUUUAGGCUGUCUUCGCCCUUUGGUAUAGGCGGCCUUUCCUGACCAGCCAGCGAACCUGACUGAUAUUGUUCUCGCUGCGCACUUCCGCGCUGGUUUAUUGGACGAUAACCUCUGCCGGAAAUUGAUCAAGAAGCCCAACUUAGCGUCUGAGGCUCUCCUAACCCUGGUGAAGGAGUAUGAGGAACGCUACGAUCCCUCAGUCGCCGCGCCAUGUUAUUCCACCUCAGCCGCCCGGAAACGGCAGACUCGAUCAGUGGCGACUCAGACAUUCCGGAACUUCACACGUCCAUUCCGAGGUCGCCAGGCUCGCGUCGCACAAAUCUCCAGUGAGUCCUACACCGUUCCUGCUGUUACAUCUACCUCUGAUUUUCCUGCUCUCAUUGUUAACGCAACGGUUGUAGACAGGCGAGUGGCGUUUCUUGUUGACACAGGGGCAGCCUGCUCUUUGCUAAACCCCCAGGGUUUCACCCGCACCUGGCUACAACAGACCGAAAUUUCCCAUAGAAAACCCCGUAUUGUAGCGUCGAAGGGUAUGCCACUUUCCUGCUCGUUACUAGUCGACGUGCCAUUUCGCCUGGGCUCAUCUGAAAUUUCCCACCCCUUCUACGUCUGUCCGGAUAUUCAGUGGCAGGGUAUUUUAGGCACAGAUUUUCCCUAUGCUCACCGUUUCUGCGUCGAUUUUGCGGCCGGUCAACUCACCUCUAAGUCGACUACAAUCCCCUUUUAUUUUCCCCACGCCCCUGACCCCCAGCUGUUUUGCGACCCAGUCGGGCUCCACCCUCCCCAGCCUUCCGACCUGGUACAUUUGGUUCCCGACUCUCCCGGGUUCUCUUCUGAACAAAUCACCGCUGUUCGUAACCUUAUAUUCAAAAACUCCGCUGCGUUCGCAUGGGAUGGUGAACCCCUUCGUAGAACGAAUGUAUUGCAGAAUACUAUCGACACGGGUUCAGCUCGACCAAUCCGUCAACCCCCCCGCCGCGUACCCGUGCAUUUCCAGAAACAGUUAGAGCAAACCAUCAAAGACAUGCUGGACAGGCACGUCAUUCGCCCCUCGUCCUCACCCUGGGCCUCUCCAAUCGUCCUCGUUAAAAAGAAAGAUGGAUAUUUGCGAUUGUGUGUUGAUUACCGGAAGUUAAAUGCCGUAACCGUCAAAGAUUCCUUCCCACUUCCACGCAUUGACACCACCCUAGAGGCACUCGCAGGAGCUGCAUGUUUCUCCACACUCGAUCUGCAGUCCGGCUGCUGGCAGGUGGAAAUGGCUCCCGAGGAUAGGCCUAAGACUGCAUUUUCCAUUCCCUCUGGGUUGUAUGAGAUUGAAACUAUGCCAUUUGGCUUGGCAAACGCGCCUGCUACCUUUCAACGUUUGAUGGCGUCGGUUUUACGGAAUUUAUGCCCUACCGCGUGUUUGGUCUACCUGGACGAUGUCAUCGUACACGGGUCUACUGUCGAGUCCCACCUUGAUAAUCUGCAAACCGUCUUUAACCGUCUACAGACCGUAGGCCUUAAACUGAACCCGGCUAAAUGCUGUUUUCUCAAAAAGUCUGUUCCUUUCUUGGGUCACAUCGUCUCAACUGAAGGGGUAAAGUCGGAUCCUACGAAGACAGAGCAAAUACGCAGUUGGCCGCAACCGACGUCAGUUUCCGAGUUGCGCGGUUUCCUCGGUCUGGCCUCCUAUUAUCGACGGUUCAUUAAAGAUUUUGCACACAUAGUUGCACCCCUUAAUCGUCUCACUAUCAAGCAGAACGCAUUUGACUGGUCCGACGAGUGUGAGCGUUCCUUUGAGGAACUCAAACGGCGGUUGAUCUCUCCUCCCCUGUUGGCCUUCCCCAACAUAUCCGAGUCAGCCCCACCUUUCAUCUUGGACACUGAUGCCUCAGAUGUAGCCAUUGGGGCGGUCUUGUCUCAACAGCAAACCGAGUGACUGGAACAUCCCCUCAUUUUUGCCAGUUAGACGCUCGCCAAGCCUGAGCGUAACUACUCUACCACUCGCAAGGAGCUUCUAGCCGUCGUCACCUUUGCCAAGAAAUUUCAUCACUAUCUCGCCGGCAAACGGUUCAUUUUACGCACCGACCACCAGACGCUGCGCUGGUUGGAAAACUUCAAGGAUCUGACCGGUCAACUCGCGGGCUGGCAGGCAGACCUCUUGGAAUAUUCUUACACUGUCAUCCAGCGGGCCGGUAAAAAGAACCAGCAUGCCGAUGCGUUAUCUCGCCGAGCACAAGCACCACCACCGGUCGCAACAUACGUCCCAGCGACUGCGAUUACGUUUGGCACUCCCGACCACUCAGGGUGGGCGUCGGCUCAAGCUUCAGAUCCCUAUAUAUCUCUUAUCUAUGAUCGGUUGCGUUAGGGUGCGCCAAAACCGUCAAGCGAAGAAAUGAAGGGCUCCAGCUGGCAAACUCGCUGCCUUUGGUCAGCGUGGAAAAGCCUUCGCCUCUGUGACGGCGUGCUUUUUCUUCAAUGUUGUUCCACCGACCUCCGUCGUUUGGUUUUGCCGCAUGAUGCGAUCCAUCCCACACUUUCCCGUCUUCAUGUUGAUCUGGGACACGCUGGUCAAGCUCGUACUGACACCGCCGUGCGUCAGCGUUUCUGGUGGCCGAAUCUACGGCGGAUCAUUCAGGACAUUUGCAACACGUGUCCUGUAUGUGCCGAAGUCAAAAAACCCAACCCUACACAACGCCACCACUGCAGCCCAUUCAGGCGUGUUACCCGAAUGAAAUUGUUGGCGUCGAUCUGAUGGGUCCUAUGCCCCCUUCCCCCAGCGGAAAUCGUUAUAUCUUAGUUUUAGUCGACUAUUUCACCAAGUGGUGUGAAGCGGUCCCCCUUCCACAAGCCGACGCCAUCACCGUCGCUAAGGCCAUCCUUAGCGAGUGGAUCUGCCGCCAUGGGGUGCCUGAACGGCUCCAUUCAGACCAGGGUGCUCAGUUCGAGUCCCGGCUGAUGGGAGAACUCUGCGAACUUCUUCAUAUUCGUAAAUCUCGUUCUAGCCCGUGGCACCCUCAAGGCAAUGGACAAGUAGAGCGCACGAAUCGGACUCUCAGAGGUUUGAUCCAAUCUUUCGUUAACGGUUGCCCUGGUUCCUCUUGGGAUGUCGCCCUCCCUCAGUGCCUUCUUGCCUACCGUUCCGCCACGCACUCGUCAACGGGUCAUACGCCGUUUGCCCUUAUGUAUGGCCGCGAAGUCCGUCUUCCACUGGACACUUCCUGUGCCCUCCCACUUCCGUCCCCCGAGCCUCCCCACGAGUUUGUGCGAAACCUCCGAGCUAACCUAAACCGUACACACGAGCUUGCUCGCACCUAUCUCUCUACGGCCCAUCAACGACAAAAAGAGUACUAUGAUCGUCGUGCGCACGGUGCACCUUACCAACCUGGCGACAAAGUAUUCUGGUUUCAGGAUAGGUUGCCUCCUGGGUCAGCCGACAAGUUCUCCACGCAUUGGAUAGGGCCUUUCGUUGUUGUGGAAAUCCCUUCAGAAUCUCUUUGUAUCCUCAGGGCCUCUGAUGAUCCAGAGGGUCCCACCUUUGCAGCUCACUUCAACAAGCUCAAACCAUACGCCUUAGAUGAUAGCUCUUGCGUCCCUGUCUCUUCGGAGUUACCUUCAUUCCCCUCCGCGGAGCUGCCGCACCCUCCCACGGAUCCCUCUUCAAUCGUCUCCGUCCCCUCUUCUCCUCCCGCUCCAGCAGUCCCUACGUCCCCCGCUCUCCCCAGUCCCCUGCCCCCGUUAGUUUCUCGUACUGUGGAAGUCCCUCGCGAAGGUGGUUUCGGCAUCCCGCUCGACGGUCUUAUCCCCGAUGGGACAUCGGUCCUACAGGAGGGGGCAGUGUGCUGGAAAACUCGCCAUGACCACUCCCUUAUUAUAGUCAUAUUUCUCUGUUUGAUCUUAACUCAUUGUAGAAACUGAAGAACCAAUCCCGGGCGAGGUCUCAGAAGAGGACGCCUGA